GCGUGGCCCUAGGAGCUGGCUCCGCCCGGUUGUUCCUGGUAGAAAAGGACAGAAAGCGCCACCCAGCAGCCAGUGGGUUCCCGCGUGUCCUGAGGCCCUGAAGCCCACUACCCCGCAGUAUGGCCGUCAAGAAGAUCGUAAUCUUCGGCGCCACUGGCAGGACCGGGCUCACCACCCUGGCGCAGGCGGUGCAAGCAGGUUACGAAGUGACAGUGCUGGUUCGGGACCCCUCCCGGCUGCCCUCUGAGGGGCCCAAGCCUGCCCAUGUGGUAGUGGGCGAUGUUCGGGAGGCAGCCGUUGUGGACAAGGCUGUCGCUGGGCAAGAUGCUGUCAUCGUGCUGCUAGGCACCGGCUCCGACCUCAGUCCUACUACAGUGAUGUCCGAGGGUGCCCAGAACAUUGUGGCAGCCAUGAAGGCUCAUGGUGUGGACAAGGUCGUGGCCUGUACCUCGGCCUUCCUGCUGUGGGACCCAGCCAAGGUGCCCCAACGACUGAAGGAUGUGACUGAUGACCAUAUCAGGAUGCACAAGGUGCUGCAGGAAUCGGGCCUGACGUACGUGGCUGUGAUGCCACCACACAUAGGAGACCAGCCACUAACUGGGGCCUACUCAGUGACCCUAGAUGGACGAGGACCCUCAAGGGUCAUCUCCAAACACGACCUGGGCCACUUCAUGCUGCACUGCCUCAACACCAAUGAGUACGAUGGGCACAGCACCUACCCCUCCCAUCAGUAUGACUAGGACUCCAUCCUUGUCUAAGAAUUGGCAUGUGGGACAAGAGGAACAAAGAAAAGGAGCAAUAAAUUUUGAGCCAAGAGGUUCAGAUUGUUCCAG